UAUAUGGCAGUUUUUGGCUUUUUACUGAAUUACUGUACCAUGACCACUGUUACUUAAGUAGUCAAAUCUUUCAAGAUAGUACUGAUUAGUUUAACAGAUGCAUUCAUGUUCACAAACUGGUCACUUCAAAAGUAAUAAUGACACACUGUUCUCUUCAGUAAGGGAAAAAUAUGUGCUUAUCACACUGCUGUUCAGAGCUUCUGAUCCUCUGAGAAGAAAUAAUAAAAAUAUUUUUUAUUUCAUUUUUAACAAAUGAACUUAAAAUGUCCCAUUUGAUAUUGGCUUUCAGCAGCGUGAAGGGAAGAAAAGUGCCACACAUGUAACAUUUUUCAUCUGUAAUCUCCAAACUCCUUUAAACUUUCUCCUGACAAACAAAGAUGGCUGGAGCUUUGACUUUCCUUCUUGUUGGAUAUCUGCUGAAAUGUGCCAUGUGUGGACAGUUUCAGGUCAUUAUGCCCCAGACCAUAGAGGUUCUCAGUGGAUCCUGCGGGACCAUCCCCUGCUCCUUUGACAUAGACAGCAGUUAUGAAGAUUACUUAGUGAACACAUGCACAGCAACAUGGAACAGAAAAAAUGGAGAAAUCUUCGAUCAUCCAAAAGUAUCUGCAAGAAAAGAAAUGACAGGAGACUUGACAAGAAAAAACUGCACCACAACCUUCGAUAAUAUGCGUCCUGAGUACAGCAAUGAAUAUUUCUUCAGACUGGAUUGUCAGAAUCCACUGAAAUAUCGGUUUAAAAACACUCCUUUGAAUAUUUUGGUCAACGCUGUUCCUCCCUCACCGACUCUUACUCCGUCCACAUUGGAGGUGAAAGAGGGAACCUCAGUGAGUUUGGAGUGCUCUGCUCCGGCUCCCUGUCUGUCUCAUCCUCCAACACUGACAUGGACCCCCAGCCUGGGUGACAGUCAGGAGACACUGCAGGAGAAAGGGGACAAAACUAAAGUCAAGACCUCUGUUCUGAACUUCACUGCUUCUCACCUCCAUCAUGGGAAGACCUUCACCUGUACUGCUGUCUACAGCCAGCAAAAUGGCAACUCUUUGCCACCUGUUAACAGAAGCUUAACAGCUGUUAUUUCAUUCCCUCCACAGAUUCUGCGCUCAUCUCAUUGCAACAAAACUGCCAGCCGGUUGAGCUGUUCCUGUGAGACCGUGGGAAACCCUUUUCCCGUUUUAAAAUGGUAUUUGAGCGGGCUACCUGUCAAUCAAUCUGAUAAGCUUGCAGUCCGGCCUGGGUAUCUAAACGGCACAGUUCUGAGGAGCAUCAUCACUGUGAAUCAGCCACAAUGGAGGCUUCUUUCCACCCUGGUCUGCCACAGCUCCAACUCUUUGGGAACUGCCAGGCAACAUUAUUGUGUCGCCAGCCUUGAGCAUCAAACCCCUGCAGGAAGUCAAGGUCAUGUGACGUUGCCAGUCUUCAUCACCACAGUUGUCGCUCUACUAGCACUAAUAUGUGCUCUGCUGUUUUUUAUCAGGUUUCAGAGGACUCACCAUAACUUUCCUGAGAGUUGGUGCACAGGUGACACCAGCAGAGUUGCUCUGGGUCGACUUCUAACAGGAAGCAAGGGAAAUGAGGCACCCCACACAACAGAAGUGGACACCUGUGUCGAGAUCCAUGGGCUGAGACAGGCAGACAUACGCCAGCCUGCAACUACCUCUGAGCCAAAAAGCCCCAACUUGCCAGGAUUUGGGCCAAACAAAGCAGAGGAAGCCAGCGAAAGCUCAGAGAAUAAGAAUGGGGAAAGUAGUAACGAGAUUUACAGUAAUCUGAUUUGGAGGAGCAAAAGGAAGAAGAAGCAGCAAGAAGACUCUGUGGACAUGGAUCCACCUGGUAGCUCCUCUCUGCAGGAGGAGAGGUGCAUAGUGGGAGGCAUGUGCAGAAACUUUGGGAGCGAUGCACUGGAGAUGGGGAGCCUAUAUGAUGAAGUUGUAUCUAGAAAUGUGAGAGGGGAAGCGGAAUGUGAAUAUACUGAAGUGACUUUUAAACAGAGGAGUGAUACACAUAAUUAGAUUGCUGUUUUGUUGUGAUUGUUGCUUCUAACCAAACUAUGACGUUCAAGUCCAGAUAAAGAGGACUACUAGAUAAGGAUUACUUAUCUUUGUUUUUCAGGUCAUUGGGUUUUUAAGAUAUUGACUGGUUUGAGAUUUUUUUUUGUCACUGAAAAUAUAUUUUUUUUAGUAAAUUGUAAGUACAUCAUAAUUUUAACAAUUAAAUUUUUCACUAUUUCUACUGUUAAUGCAAGAUAAUAUAAAAUGCCGUAUAUUCACGUUUUUUUUUAUUACUUAUACGCUGAUGUUGGUCAUAUGUAAAUUAAGAGAGGCCCUGCUGUUUUACAUUUAUCUGGCAGUAUGUCAUACUGUAUUUUGUUUCAUGGAUUGUUGUUAACAUUUUCUU